AUGGAUCAGAGAGGGCAGUUACAGACAGCUGGGGCCAGCAAAGCCACUGGGGAAAAAAAAGAAGCACCCAGGGAAAAAGAGCCUUCUCCAGAGGCAGAGUCGAGCUUUCUACCCAGCCACAACUGUGUGCGUGUGGCUGUGGAGCCUGAAGCCCUGGAGGGUGUUGGUAAGGCCGUGGGCUGCCCACUGGCUUUCCAGAUCAUGGGGCCUGACCCGGAGGCUUCUAAAUGCUCACAGGAAGGGGUUGAUGGGAACUGGCCUUUCCAUGCCACAGGUACCCUCUGGGCAGCAGUGAUGGCUUUCCUCCCGCAGAGGUCGCAUCCUGCCAACCCUGCCUGCGUGACACCCCACGGCACCGUUCUCCACCAGACCCUGGAUUUCGACGAGUUCAUCCCCCCACUCCCUCCUCCACCCUACUACCCUCCAGAGUACACCUGUACGCCCUCCUCUGAGGCCCAGAGGGGCCUCCACCUGGACUUCGUGCCGUCUCCAUUCAGCACCUUGUACGAUGUGGCCAUCAACAGCCCCGGCCUGCUCUACCCUGCCGAGCUACCCCCGCCCUACGAGGUGGUGGUGGGCCAACCCCCUGUCAGCCAGGCUGCAAGUGUAGAUCAGCAGGCGACCGAGUCCAGCUCCGGGGACCCAAAUGCCACUGCUGGCUUCAGCAUACCAGCACUGGAUGACAGCACAAGCCUCCUGGUGUCUGAGGGCGCCACCGAGCUGGAUUCGAGCCCCCCAUUCCCUGAAGGCCCUGUGGACACCCCGUCACCCUUGCCACCUGCCCCAUGCCUGGGCUGCACAUCUCCAGAGGAUUCCAGCGUAGGCACCCGGGUGCAGCCAGGUCCUGGGCGUGUGUCCCGGUCUACCAGCGACCCCACCUCGUGUGCAUCCAGCACGGCAGUUUCCGCGUCUCGCUCUGCCUGUCGGGCCCAGCGGUCACCGCCCGAGAACACUGACACCUGGAAAACUGGCUGCCAGCCGAUGCCAGAGCCCUUCCCCGCAGUCUCCAAAGAGCGGCCACACUCUUUAGUGGACAGCAAGGCCUAUGAAGACGCCAAGGUCUUGGUGGCUAAGUUUCUGGAACACUCGCACUGUGCGCUCCCUCCCGAGGUGCGGCCUGUGGUGGGUGCCCUCUGCUCAGCAGUCACCUCUGAGGAGCAUCCCGGGGAAGAAGCUGUCGGGGCCGGCAUGGCGGAUCAGCUCAGCCUGGGCCCCUCCCUGCCCUCUCCUGAGACCUGAAGAAGGCUGGCACCUGUGAGGACACUGCCAUUUGACCCUACCUGGGGGCUGUGAGGCUGCUGAGGUGGGCUGACUCUGGACCCCAACUGUGGCCAACGACGGGGCAGGCAUCGUGCGCAAGAAGGUUCAGCCCCCUUUAGCUGGAGACGCCCAUCCAAAUUAAAUGUUGGUAACAAACCACGGCCAGAAAGCUCAUUUCAGGCGGCUGUGCUUUCCCUCACCUGCCCUGACUCACAGAUGCUGCUAAGGCAGAAUUGCUAGGAAGUUGUUUUCAAGCCACCGGAGACCUGUUUGUACAACUGGAAAGGUUGUAUUUAUUUAAUGUACCUCAAGGUGUUUUAAUAAUGAUCAGUGUUUUAAUAAAAAGUAUUUCUGGCCUCUG